AGUUCAUCAAUGAGCCUGGCUCAACGUGUUCCUGAUGCACCCGGCACCUUGCUAAAUGCAACUGUUUCUCCUUCUGUCAGAACUGUUAAUUCUUCACUUUUCCUCUAUUAUAUUAUUAUUAAAAUAUUGAAAUAACCCCCUCCCUUCCCUGUAGUGUUUCACCCACUUCCCAAGAGGAGGAGGAGACAAGGGGUGGGGUGCUGAAGGCAGAAAGAGAGAGGGCAGAUUGCUCCAUCUCAGUAACAUCAUGACACAGGACAGAGAACAAUCACUUGGUGUGCAGGGAAUCCCUUCAUUUCCCUUAGGUUCAUGGCAAUGGCUUUAAGUGUGGGAUGUGCUGGCUUCCUUCUCCUCACUCUUCUGUAUGUACCAAAGACUCUUGGCAGACCCAGCACCCUCUGCCCUCAAACUUACUUCUACCAUGACUGCUGGAUCCGACGCUUCCCUGGGCUCUUUCUUAACCUCCCUGUGUCAGAGCAACAUGGGGCCCAGUUGCUGCAAACAGAGAUGGAGCCAUCAGCCCAGCGAUGCAGCCGAAAGUGCUGUGAUCAAGCACCACCCUGCAACCUGGCAGUAUCUUUUCUGGAUAACCGCCAAGGAAGAGUUAGUUGCCACUUGGUCCACUGCCCCCACCCAGAGAGCUGCAUCCUGCACCAAAAAGACAGUGCCAUCCUCUAUACCAUCACAGCUGGUAUUGACCCUGAUCUGUUGGUGUUUGAGAAACUGGGACAUAUUGAUUUGAACCCAAGAUCAUCUUUGAAAUUGCAUCGCUUAAACACAUCAGGUGCAGUUGCCCCCCCUGUUCCUCUUCCCCAGUCAUUUCUUCCUUCUCAAGAUCUUCAACCAGCUCAGCAAUCAUCUGCACUACCCAAAUCCCCUACAGAGUCAUCACCUCCCCCUACCUCCUCUCAUCCCUCUCUCCCUACCUCUUCUCAUGACUCUCUCCCUCAUCCACCUUGUCCAGGGGAUUCUUCUCUUCGUUCUUUUCCUCCUACCAAGUCAUCACUAUCUACACCACCCUAUGUCUCUGAAACAAACUCUGUCUCCCAAUCGAAGACCAGUUCUCUGGCCGAUACAGCUCACAGCGAAGACCCUCUAACUACGUUGGCACCAGUGGGACAACCCAUACCCAACCUGCACAGUCCAGCUCAUCUUGACAGCAAUAAACAGCAUGUCAAUGAUACCAAAGGUCACAGUGGGAAGAACCAGAGUUCUAGUGCAGAGGUGGAGGAUGCAUCUGGUACCUGGCUGGGUCUAUGGUUAUUCCCUGGCUUGGUCGGCUCUUCAGUUGCAUUAUUGUGUUGCUGUUCAGGCAUUAUGAUGCUUGGAUGCUGCAGGGGAAGGAAGAGGGGCAGAUACAGACCAGGGCAGGUAGCUGAUGAUAGAAGGGGUAGUUUGAUCAGGUUCGCAUUACUUAAGGAAAAGGAGUGAUCUUGAAGUCAAGAAUGGAGAGUAUCUAAACAAUGCAUAAACAAAGUCAAGACGACUUCUGCUCAGAUUGAUCACCAAGGACCCCCUGCAGCAUGCAACCAGAGGUAGUGGAAGGCAUGUGGUAGAUGGGGCAUCUGCAAGAUAUCGCAUAGGAAGCUCAAGAUGGCAAUCAAUUCAAGUUGUGAUCUUUGCUCAAGUAUAAGGUGGAGUACAACAAAUGGGAACAUACACAAACACCACCCAAAGUGUUUUUCUCUUAUUCACUAAGGAAAGGUUUUGUUGCCAACCAAAUUCAUUGUUUUGUGUUUUUAAAUUGCACAGAUGGAUUCUAUUGCAACAAUUUUGUUGUGCUCUGCUGCUUAAUUUAUAUUCAGGAGGUUGCUUCCUGGCUUAGCAUCACAUGCUGUAAAGAUAAUGUCUAUGCUACGAUUCUGGUGCAAUUAAAGAAUAUUUUUAGUGUUUUU